AUGCUGUCUAAGUAUCUGGCGCCCCUGUCAGCUGCCCCUGGGCCCUCCGCCAUGCUCACCCUCCUGAGCUGCGGUCGUAAGUUGCAGACAGUCGGGACUGUGAUCAGAGCAGUGAAUUCCAGUUUUUACUCCACAGAAAUGUCAAAGCGUGUGGCUGUGGUGCUGGCGGGCUGUGGCGUUUAUGAUGGAAGUGAAAUACAUGAGGCUUCGGCUGUUCUGGUGCAUCUGAGCCGAGGAGGCGCAAGUGUGAAUAUGUUUGCCCCCAACAUUGAUCAGAUGCAUGUAAUAAAUCAUCUCAAAGGGGAGCCAUCACAGGAGACGAGGAAUGUGUUGGUGGAGAGUGCCAGGUUGGCCCGUGGAAAUAUCCAGGACCUUUCUAAGCUGAGCGCCAAAGAUCACGAUGCUGUCAUAAUCCCAGGGGGUUUUGGAGCAGCCAAGAACCUGUGCACAUGGGCCGUGCAGGGGAAAGACUGCUCUGUGAAUCCAGAGGUGCAGGCCGUGCUGCAGGCCUUUCACACUGAGGGAAAACCCAUCGGCCUCUGCUGCAUCUCACCUGUGAUCGCCGCCAAAGUGUUCCCUGGAUGUCAGGUCACUGUCGGCAUGGAGAAGGCUGAAAAGUAUCCAAACACCACGGACACAGCAGCAGCGAUUGCUCAGCUGGGAUGCACACAUGUGAGUAAGAGUGUCAGCGAGAGCCACGUGGACGACAAGAACAAACUGGUCACCACCUGCGCCUUCAUGUGUGACGCACCCAUCCACGAGGUCUUUGAUGGCAUCGGUGCCAUGGUGAAGGAUGUGCUAAAACUGGCUUAA